AGAGAUCACAAGGACAAUAUAAACUUGAUCCUUGCUAACCAUCCUCAGUGACUUAAAGAGAACGAGUGAAAUUAAACAUGAAGAUAAUUGCAGUCUCCAUAUUCUCUGUUGCCUCACUUCUUCUUAUAACUUCAUCUCUUGCUUCGCUAACUAUCUCAGGUGGUGGUACUGGUGCGGUAGCUCCAGCGCCGGAGAUCAAAGAUGGUGCAGAGUUAGAGAAAUGGUGUGGAGGGAAGUGUGAAGUGAGAUGCGAAGAAGCAGGUAUGAAGGAUAGAUGUUUGAAGUAUUGUGGGAUAUGCUGCAAAGAGUGUAAGUGUGUUCCUUCAGGAACUUACGGGAACAAGCAUGAGUGUGCUUGCUAUCGUGACAAGCUCAGCAGCAAAAAGACUCCCAAGUGUCCUUGAUUAUACAUCUCGAUCUCCAUCCAAAUUUUUAAAUAAAUAAAAAAAAAGAAAGAUCCGGUGAACUAUAUAUGGAUCUUUUCCUUAUGGGUUUUCCCUUCAAUUGUCCUUUGUAAUUCCCGAUGUUUUUUCUUUGAUAAGUGAUUCCCGGUGUUAA